UUUUCUCAACAAUAUAUUUACUUAUUGCGAUUGCACAAUACAGUAAUGAGGUCGCAAAAACAGAUGGUUCAGUAAAGAAAAAAAAUAAUAAAAUGAAGUUAAUAAUAUGUUUAUUUAAUUUUGUUAUUUUAAAUACAGUGAAUGCAUAUGUUGACACUGUGAUUCCUGAUGGUAAAAAUGCUUUUGAUACUCAACUCUACGAAGAUGUGCUGGAUCCAGAACAAUGUCAAGAGCAAAUUAGAAUCUUAGCUAAUAAUUCAUCUGUGCUGAAUCAAUUUUUGGAUGCUGGUAUCAGAAUACCAAGGGGUAUACUAAAAGGAAAUCUUGUCGAUUUGGGAAAUUAUUAUCAAUGUUUGGAGAUUAAUAAAAAUGUAGAAAAUACGAACAUAGAAGGCAAAUACUGUAAGAUAUCGGUGCCUCUGGAACAAGAAAUAAACUUUCCUUCUUUGCCUGAUUGGGAGUGGCCUAAUAUAACUUUCCCUGAAAAUAUUACUUGGCCUGAACUCCCUUGGACAGGUCGUAGCUCAUACAGCAAUCGUCUCAGUAAAGAAACUAUUGAAAUAAUAAAUAAUUUUCAAAUAUUGAAGACUGAGAGCCUACGUAUGUCUGGAGUUUCCACUUUUGAUGAAAGUGUGAGGUCAGCACUGGUUAUUUCCGAAUUUACAUUAGCCAUAUGUAUUCCGAAGCCGUGUACCACCAGCGAAGCUCUGACUAACUUACUUGGAGAAUUCCAAGAUGUAGGUCUGCAGUUCACAGAGCGUUCUUGUCGAUUGCCCAAUGACAAGCCAUGGGUCCCAGCAGACUAUACGGCUGUUGUAAUUUUUUCGAUUCUUGGCCUUUUGGCUGUCAUCAGCACCAGCUACGAUAUUCGUCAGACUGUUGUGCUCAAACAAGAUCCAAAAUCAGUGAACAAAUUUUAUCAAUCCUUCUCAAUUUACACGAAUACGCGAAGAUUAUUGACGUUCAACCCGGUCCCUGGAGCAUUGGAAUGUUUGGACGGAAUACGAUCCCUUGCCAUGAUCUGGGUUAUCAUUGGACACACGUUUGUGAACCAGUUGACUGGUUCCCACAUGGCGAACCCGGCUGAUAUGCAAAAAUGGAUUGUAUCUUUCAAAGCCAUAUGGAUAACGGCUGGUCCUAUCACUGUGGAUACUUUCUUCAUGAUCAGUGGUCUUCUUGUGGUCUAUUCCACAGCUGGGAAGGUGACUAGAUCAAAGUUUAUAAAAAACGUCCACUUAUUCUACCUGAACCGGCUGUUCAGACUAUUUCCCGUGUUAGCGGCAGUUAUUCUUCUCCAGGCAUCAAUUUUCAACCGCAUGACUGACGGCCCCAGCUGGGAAAUAGUCGCGUUGCAAACGGAAUCAUGCCGGACUUACUGGUGGUCGACACUGCUGUACAUCCAGAAUUACUACAACCCCUCUAGAAUGUGUCUACCUCACUCGUGGUACCUGGCUAUAGACUUCCACAUGUUCCUGAUCUCCCCAAUCUUCCUGUUCUGGAUUGUAAGCGGCAGAAAGCGGGCUGCCUGGUUAGCUUUAAUCACUGGCCUACUUGCAUCUCUGAUUGGUUCCUCAGUGUAUAACUUCAUAAAAGAUUUCCCCUCCGUAACUAUUAGUUUAUCACGACUCGAAGACCAGCCGGAAUACUUAGAGUAUUAUUAUGUGAACACUCUAACAAGAUGCUCUCCUUUCUUCGUCGGAAUGAUUUAUGGAUACAUCCUUCAUACGUACAGGGGAAAGAAAAUAAGCAUGCCAAAGAUACAAGCUGCUGCCUUAUGGAUCUUGGCACUCGGCAUCAUCGCAGCAGUCCUUUGCACCACCCAUCCCAUCAUGCAAGUCGAUUGGGACAACCAAUUAGCGGAUAACUUCAUCAACUCCUACAUGAGACCCAUCUGGGCCAUGGGUGUUGGAUGGAUAGUGUUCGCUUGUUCUAAGGGUUACGGAGGUCCUGUCAAUUGGUUGUUGUGCCUUCCCAUGUGGAAACUCCUUGGUCGUCUCUCCUACGCAAUGUACAUCAUCCACUAUCCGCUGAUCUUCGUCUUCAAUGGAACUGCUCUUGCGCCUAUUUACUUUUCUGUUGAAUUCUCAAUUCACAGAUUCACAACAGACUUUAGUAUAACAGUGGUUUCAGCAUUGCUCGUCACUUUAUUUGUGGAUUCACCGUGCUCGACUCUCAUAAAGAUGUUAAUGGGAGGAGGUCCCAAAAGACCAGUUAAGGAGAACCCUGACCUACCGGACAUUAAAAGGGACGUUGAUAUAGUUAUUGAAACAAAUAGAAUAACUAAAGAGGCUUUAGGUAAGCGUGGCAAAACCAAAAGGUUGGAUAGUAAAAUUAAAUUUAGUAAUAAAAUGAAAUUAAUAUUAAAUAUAUUUUACUUUGUCAUUGUAAGUACAGUUAAUGGAUAUGUUAACACAGUAAUUCCUAAAAGCAAAAAUGCAUUUGACCCUAAACUCUAUGAAGAAGUGUUGGACCCACAAUUAUGUCAAGAACAAAUGAGAAUCCUGGUAAAUAACUCUGCUGUGCUGAGUCAAUUUUUGGAUGCUAGUAUGAGAACACCAAGGGGCAUUCUAAAAGGGAAUCUUGUUGAUUUUGGAAAUUAUUAUCAAUGUUUAGAAAUUAAUGAAAAUGUAGAAAAUACGAACAUAGAAGGCAAAUACUGUAAGAUAUCGGUUCCUCUGGAACAAGAAAUUAACUGGCCUACUCUGCCUGAUUGGGAGAGGCCAAACAUAACAUUCCUUGAAAAUAUUACUUGGCCUGAACUGCCUUGGACAGGUCGUAGCUCAUACAACAAUCGUCUCAAUAAAGAAACUAUUGAAAUAAUAAAGAAUUUUCAAACUUUGAAGACUCAGAGCCGCCACUUGUCUGGUGUCAAAUUGGAAGCUUCUGAUAAACCUAAAAUGGUGUUUAUGCCUGCUGAAGCAUUUACCUUGGCCCUUUGUAUACCAAAGCCAUGUACCACUAGCGAAGUUCUGGCUAACUUUCUGGGUGACUUAGAGGAGCUAGGUCUACAAUACAGAGAAACGGCAUGUCGGCUGCCCAAUGACAAGCGGUGGGUUGCAGCAGACUAUACGGCUAUAGUUAUCUUUUCGACUCUUGGCCUUUUGGCUAUCAUAAGCACCGGUUACGAUAUACGUCAGACUAUUAUUCUUAAAAGAGAUCCAAAAUCUGUGAACAAACUCUACCAAUCCUUCUCUGUCUACACGAAUACUCGCAGACUACUUACGUUCAACCCAAUGCCUGGAGCCUUAGAAUGUUUAGACGGAGUACGAUCUCUUGCUAUGAUUUGGGUUAUCAUUGGUCACACUUUUAUAAACCAGUUGGUGGGGUCCGAUAUGGCGAACCCGGCUGAUAUGCUUCAGUGGAUUAUGUCGUUCAAUGCCGUGUGGAUUACAGCUGGUCCUAUCACUGUGGACACUUUCUUCAUGAUCAGUGGUCUCCUUGUGGUCUAUACUACAGCUGGGAAGGUUACUAGAACGAAAUUCAUCAAGAACGUCCACUUAUUCUACCUGAACCGCCUGUUCCGUCUGUUCCCCGUGUUGGCAGCAGUCAUUCUCCUGCAGGCCUCAAUCUUCAACCGCAUGACUGACGGUCCCCGCUGGGAAACAGUCGCGGAACAAACAGAAUUCUGCCGAGCAUACUGGUGGUCUACGCUGCUAUUUUUUCAGAAUUUCUACAACCCUUUCCAAUCGUGUUUGCCUCACUCGUGGUACCUGGCUAUAGACUUCCAGUUGUUUCUGAUUUCCCCAAUCUUUCUUUUCUGGAUUGUAAGCGGCAGAAAGCGGACUGCCUGGUUAACUUUAAUCACUGGCCUUCUGGUGUCCCUGAUUGGAGCCACCGUGUACAACUUUAUUAAAGAUUUUCCCUCCAUUAGUAUUACUUUCUCUCGACCAGACGAUCAAAUGGAUUACUUCCAAUACUACUACGUGAAUACAUUAACGAGGUGCUCUCCAUUCUUCGUGGGCAUGAUUUAUGGAUACAUGCUCCACAUGUACAAGGGGAAAAAAUUAAGCAUGUCAAAGGUACAAACUGCAGUCUUAUGGGUCUUGGCUAUAGGUAUCAUUAUUACAGCAGUGUGUACCCAUCAUCCUGUGAUGCAAUUGGACUGGGACAACCAGUUGGCAGAUAACUUUAUCAACUCGUUUAUGAGACCCGUCUGGGCCCUGGCAGUUGGAUGGAUUGUGUUCGCUUGCUCUAAGGGUUAUGGAGGUCCAGUCAAUUGGUUUCUGUGCCUUCCCAUGUGGAAACUUCUCGGUCGUCUCUCCUACGCAAUGUACAUCGUCCACAAUCAGUUGAUGUUCGUGUUCAAUGGAACUGCCCUUGCGCCUAUUUAUUUCUCAGUUGAAUUCUCGAUACAGAGAUUCACCACAGACUUCAGUUUGGCGGUGAUGUCGGCGUUCCUCAUCACCUUGUUUGUGGACUCGCCGUGCUCGACUCUCAUCAAGAUGUUAUUAGGAGGUGGUGCUAAAGGAUCCCCGCAAAUCAAGGAGGCAACUGAUCAGUUGGAAAAUGGUAAAACGAAUGUCGAUUUCAGACCAAAUCGAGAACCGAAAACAGCUGCGUAAAAUUAAAAAAAAAGAAAUAAGAGAAUUAGUUUUAAUAUAAUUAAGCCAUGUCUGUAAGUAAUCACCAU